CGACUUAAGUUUGAGACCCACUCAAAGAAAUACAUAAGAAUGGCGGGGGCAGUGGAUUUACAACUGCCGCCUGGUUUCAGAUUCCAUCCUACUGAUGAUGAGCUUGUGAUGCACUACUUAUGCAGGAAAUGUGCUUCCCAGCAAAUUGAUGUUCCGAUUAUUAAAGAGCUCGAUCUCUACAAGCACGAUCCCUGGGAUCUGCCUGGUUUGGCUUUGUAUGGAGAUAAGGAAUGGUAUUUCUUCUCACCGCGAGAGCGGAAAUACCCCAACGGUUCGAGACCCAACCGGGCUGCGGGGUCAGGCUACUGGAAGGCUACGGGGGCAGACAAGGCUAUCGGAAGUCCGAAGACGGUUGGAAUUAAGAAGGCGCUUGUGUUUUAUGCCGGAAAACCGCCCAGAGGUCAGAAAACUAAUUGGAUCAUGCAUGAGUACAGGCUAGCUCAGGUCGAUCGAUCGGCUAAGAACAAAAAUCAACGUGGCUCAAAGUUGGAUGACUGGGUUCUCUGCCGAAUCUACAACAAGAAAGGCAGUUUAGAAAAGCACAAUGCCAACAGAGCAGCUGCCAACGAUAUGGCUUAUCUCGACACAUCGGAUUCCGUGCCGAAGCUUCACACCGAUUCAAGUUGCUCGGAACAAGUGGUGUCAACCGAGUUGCGUGAAGUAGAAAGCCAACCAAAGCUGGAGAGCACUACCCUGGAGUAUCCACAUAAUUACAUGCCUGCCCCUGCCGAUUUUAUGCUAAGUGCCCCCCGCCAGCCGCCUCAGCCGCAAUCUGCGACUUCUACUUAUGAAAUGGCACAGUGGCAAGACGUGUUCAUGUACCUACAGAGAUCACUUUAAGUGCUUUUUCUCUUUUGUGGGAUUCUAGUUGUUUUUUCUCGUAUGUUUUUUGUUCAAAGUGUUGGCACAUGUGACAGGAGACAGGUCAAGUUGAUGAGAGUGCAAGUGCCUAACUAUGCAGUUGUAUCGUUCGCUAGAUAAUAUAAGAUCGUUUCUUUAAGCUA